AUGGAGACCCCGUCCGGGACCUCCGCCGUGCCUGACAACUACCACCCUGACUGCGAGGCCGCCGUCAACUACCAGAUCACCCUGCACCUCUACGCCUCCUACGUGUGCGCGUCCAUGGCGUCUUACUUGGACGGCGCAGGCCUCAGGCACUUGGUCGAGUUCUUCCUGCAGCAGUCGAGCAAGGAGAAGGAGCACGCGGAGAGGCUGAUGCAGCUGCAGAACCAGCGCGGGGGCCAAAUCCACCUGCGCAACAUCAGCAGGCCUGACCGCAACAACUGGGAGAGCGGCCUGAAGGCCCUGGAGUGCGCCUUGCACCUGUCCGUGGUGGUGAACCAGAGGCUGCUCGAUCUGCACCAGCUGGCCACCCAGAAGGGGGACACCCAACUGUGCGGUGUCCUGGAGACUCACUACCUGCACCAACAGGCGAUGUGCGUCAAAGAGUUGGGGGACCACGUCACCAAGCUGCGCAAGGUGGGAGCCCCGAAAUCCGGCCUGGCCGAGUACCUCUUCGACAGGCUCACCCUGGGCGGCAGCAAGAACUGA